ACCCUGGAUUAUCAACCAUACAGGUUGGGGGGCUCCAGAGGAUUUAUUUAUUGCAGAGGAAACUGGCUUUUCAGUUUCCUCGUUUAUUCGUAAAGUCUGUUAUGGGAUCUAGAGCCUGAAGAUUUCAAAGUGAUCUGGGAGGGAUGAAAUCUCCAAUCCUGGGUCCGUCUUUUCUGAACCCCCAGCACACUGAUUGCACAGGUGUGUACUGGCCUUUUUGUAGAGGCCUAACCAUGGUUCUGGGCUCCACCCCGGCAGACAGGAGUCAGGACCAGAGUUCUGGGCUCCACCCCGGCAGAUAGGAGUCAGGAGGGCUCCACCCCAGCAGACAGGAGUCAGGAGGGCUCCACCAAG